AUGGCCACAAGUGUGGGCGAGGUGGCCACCGUGGGCGAAGGGUCCGGUAUUGAGGAGACCUGUCGGCACAUGGAAUCUAAAGAAGAAUUUGUUAAAGUCAGAAAGAAGGACCUGGAGCGGCUGACGACGGAAGUGAUGCAAAUACGGGACUUCCUACCCAGAAUACUAAGUGGGGAGUUACUGGAAAGUGUCCAGAAAUUAAAGACUGUAGAAAAAAACCUGGAAAGGAAAGAACAAGAAUUAGAGCAGCUGAGAUUGGACUGUGAACACUUCAAAGCCCGGCUAGAAACUGCACAGGCAGACAGCGGGAGGGAGAAGAAGGAGAAGUUGGCUCUUCGACAGCAGCUGAAUGAGGCAAAACAGCAGCUCCUCCAGCAGGCAGAGUACUGUACACAAAUGGGAGCAGUCACUUGUACCCUCCUCUGGGGAGUCUCCAGCAGUGAGGACGUUGUCAAAGCCAUUCUUGGAGGAGACAAAGCAUUGAAGUUUUUCAAUAUCACUGGUCAGACAAUGGAGAGUUUUGUGAAGUCAUUGGAUGGGGACAUCAAGGAGGUUGAUUCUGAUGAAAAUCAGUUUGUAUUUGCAUUGGCUGGAAUUGUAACAAAUGUUGCUGCCAUUGCAUGUGGUCGGGAAUUCUUGGUGAACUCCAGCCGAGUGCUCUUGGACACCAUGCUGCAGCUGCUGGGGGACUUAAAGCCUGGCCAGUGCACCAAACUCAAAGUUCUAAUGCUGAUGUCCCUGUACAAUGUGAGCAUCAACUCAAAAGGCUUGAAAUACAUCAGCGAGAGUCCUGGAUUUAUCCCUUUGCUGUGGUGGCUUUUGAGUGAUCCAGAUGCAGAAGUGUGCCUUCAUGCCUUGCGGCUCAUCCAGUCUGUGGUUCUAGAACCAGAAGUCUUUUCCAAGGCUGCUGCAGAGCUGCGAAGCUCCUUACCCCUGCAGCGCAUCCUGGCUUUGUCCAAGAGCCGCAACUCUCACCUGAAGACUGCUGCCCAGGAGCUCCUGGAAGACCUCCGUGCCCUGGACUGUAGUGUUUAGGUGUGCUUGACCACCAGGGACUUGGUGGAAAUGCCAGUGGCCCUUCCCCUCCUCGGGCCCUCUACCUUUGUAUGCAAAACUAGAUAUCACUGUAUGUCAUGUGUUAGAGAUUGUUGGCCUUGAUUGACUAGAGAUGGGCACGAGCACCCUGCCUCUCCCUCCUGGGUGUGCACACUUGUUAGACAGCUGGUUGAUCUUGCCAGAGCACUGACCAAAAAAGGUUAUUUUUCCAGUCCCCUCUGAACACCUGGAAACUCUUCCAGAAUUUUCUCAGAGUAGCUUCUUGCUGCCCUGGAGGCUGCCCACACCAGUAGGCUUACCCUAAAGAUAGGAGUUUAGAUCUACCAUGUGGUCAGUAUUUCCCAGAAGCACUGUGAGUCUGUGAUAACUCAGCCUCUUUCUCUGGUAACUAUAGCCCACCAUUCAGGCUUACCUUUGUCACCUCUUGGUGAACCUAUUAUUUCACAUGGCAUUGGACAUUUGAUCUGUUUGGUACUUCUUUUAUUUUUUAAUAAAGCUGAGUCAAUAUUAACUAUCACAUUCUGAAAUAUAAUCUUGGGGUUAGGAAGUUUGUGUCCUUUGUACAUUAUCAGUGUUAUUUGUUUAUCAAAAUACACUUUGCUUACUUUGUUCUGGCCCUUUGACUAUGAACUUAAAGCAAGUAUGGGAAAAUGGCCUCAACAUGAGAACUAUGAGAUUAAAUUCCAUUA